AUGGGUACAUGGUACAAUAGGAGGACUGAAUCUGCAUCAUGGGUAGAUGGUAAUUUGGUUCCUACUGCUGUUACAUUGAUUAAGAAAAUGUUGGAAUUUGUGACUGACUAUGGUGUUGACCCUUGUGUGGCUGGAGAGUUAUAUAUGGUGACUAGUCCAAAGAAUUCUGUGUUCACAGUGAACAUACUUGCCAAGACUUGCUCUUGUUUGCAGUGGCAGUUGAGGGGGUUCCCCUGUAUGCAUGCAGUGAGUGCAUUGCAUAGCAUAAGGCCACAAUGGAGAAAGUACUGCAGUGAUUACUAUUCAGUGGAGAACUAUAAGGCCACAUAUGCACCAACUUUUGCACCACUAGAUGAUAAAAGUGAAUGGGUCCAGCCAAACAUGAACAAGAAGAUCUUGAACCUCGUGUUGAGAAGACAAAAAGGAGGUGUGGGAAAUGUGGAAAUGUUACUAACCACAACAAAAGAACAUGUGCUGGUGGUGAAGUGGGAUCUAAUCCAACUGCAAAGAGGCAAAGGACUGAAUGUGAUGCACAAAGCUUCACCUUCAGCAACAUAGAGCCAAGUCAGACCACCGGAGUUAGGGGUGCAGCUAAGUCAAACAAGAAGAAGAGAACGACAUCAUUUGUUGGUGAAUGUUUUACAGGGCCUGGCAGUCAGCCUUUGGCAACACCAUCUUCUACUCCAGCUUCCACAACACCUAUGAGUCUGCCAUCUAUAGCACCAUCUUCUACUCCACCCUCUACAAUAAAUAACCUUUAUCAGAACUUCUUUGGCAUUGGAUCUGUAUCUCAGAAUAUAAAACAAGGAAAGGGAAGGGGAAAUGGAAAUGCUAAGAAGAAAUGAUUUGAGAUCCGUUUUCUGAUUUUUUGUGUUUAAGAAGACAAUAUUUUUUUCUUUUUUAGACUUGAAUUAAUGCUGAAUCAAAAGUGGAUGGUUGUUUAUUUGUACAUUUGCAGGUUACAUUUUC